AUGCAGAGAACCAGAACGAAAUCCACCUCAUCUGUAAAACAAGAGAUCUUGUUAAUUGGUGAACAGUUAAGAUUUGUAAUGAACACACAAGAUCUUAUUCACGACAGAAAAUAUCGCUUCCGAACGUACAGAAUCUGUUUUAUGGGAACACAGACCGUUGAUUGGUUGAUAAAAACUGGUCAUAUUCACUCGAGGGAGGCUGCCGUAAUAGCCAUGAAUAUCUUACAAGAUAAUCAUAUCUUUCAUCAUGUGUGUGAUGACCACCAGUUUAAAGAUGAGAAAUUGUUCUAUAGAUUUAGACGAGAUGACGGAAGUUAUACAGAAGAUAAAGAUACUGAGGCCUUUUAUACUGGACAUUUUAUAUUCAAUAAGAUCAAAAAUUGUAGGGAGAUAAUGAGAGAUCAUACAGACGCUGGCCAUGUUUAUCGUGAUACCUUCACUGGUAGUUGUUUAAUAGACUGGAUGAUCAAGAAUGAGGUAGUCUUCAGCCGUAAUGAGGCUGUUCAGAAAGGGAGAGAACUACUGGAGAGAGAGAUCAUCAAACAUGUGACGGAUGAUUAUCAUUUUCGAGAUGGCAAUUAUAAAUAUCAGUUCUGUAUAGAUUUUAAUCAGCCAUAUUUAUUAUCUGAUAUAUUCCGAUUGAGACGAACAGGUUCCAGAACUUAUAGUAAUAAUAAUAAUAAUAAUAAUGGUUUGGAAUACUUCGAUCAUAACUAUAUAUCAAGAGGCCGUCAUACAUCAGGCUCAAUAUCAUCGACUGGUAGUAGUUGUCAUGGUAACAUGCCGCCAUUGAUACAUUUCAAUCAUUUUGGUGUAGAGAAUACCAGUCCAAGUAUUAGUUCGUCUCAUCGUGAUUCCAUCAAUUCCUUACAAUCUUCACUCUCUAGUAACUCAGACAGUGAAAUAGAACCUAAAUCAGUUAUAGUUCGUCAAGUAUCUGUGUUUGAACUAGAAGAACCCAACUCUCCCUAUAAAAAGAAAAGCAUUAAGAUUAUGAGUGAUAGUGUAGGAUAUGGGUUUGUUAUUAGAGGAGAUGGACCAACCUAUGUUCAGAUUGUGGAUCCUAUGGGACCUGCUGCCUCCGCUGGUCUGAAGGUAAGACAGUAUAUCUACUCAGUGAAUGGUGAACGAGUUCUCCAUAAAAACCAUAUAGAAGUUGGUGAAAUGAUUAAGAAACAGGCAGAUUGUGUCACAUUGGUUGUUUUAUCUCAUUAUAAAGAACGAUAG